UAUGGAGUCCCUUCAUAUAUGUCCACAUGUUUUCAGCCGCGCGAGUAUGGAGUCCCUUCAUAUAUGUCCACAUGUUUUCAGCUGCGCGAAUAUGGAGUCCCUUCAAGUCAUAUAUGUCAACAUGUUUUCAGCUGCGGGAGUAUGGUGAUCCUUCAAGUCAUAUAUGUCCACAUGUUUUCAGCUGCGCGAGUAUGGAGUCCCUUCAAGUUAUAUAUGUCCACAUGUUUUCAGCUGCGUGAGUAUGGAGUCCCUUUAUGUAUGUCCACAUGUUUUCAGCGGCACGAGUAUGGAGUCCCUUCAUACAUGUCCACAUGUUUUCAGCUGCGCGAGUAUGGAGUCCCUUCAAGGAUCUACAAGUGGUUGUAGAGGCAGCCAUUCACAAGAGACAGACAGACACAGUGCACGAUCUAGAGGUGAUGCUGAAGAAGCACAAAACAGACUUCCUCUCCCUGCUGAAAAACAUUUCAAAAAAUCUCACCCACCGAGAGGCAGUGAAGAAGUCUGUGACAGUGGGUCUGCAGGUACAUGGGGAGCAGCGUACCCAGACGUUCCCCGUCGAGGUGAUUAAGGAGGCCAUCAUCAUCAGUGACCUCUUUGACCUCAAUGAAUACGCCGCCCUGGAACUCCUGCUGGCCGGUGAAGACAACAAACCAGCUUUCCCAGGCCUGACCCGUGGGCUGGUGGCUGUGCGACUGCGCUGCGCACUCUGGUCCUGGCCCUAGAGGGCCUGACAUGGACCCUCGGACUCCCCGCGGACCUCGCCCACCUCAUCAAUAACUAUGUGCAGAAACUGGUGUAGGAGAACCUGACCAACAAGAUUCUUCGUGUUCUGAAAACAAUGAAUUUAACAGCAGAAUUAUACAAGCUUCAAAACAACAGAGCACUUGGACCACCAAAGCAUAUAAAACAGGUUGGAGACUACAUGAGACUUUGACAGAUGGCGGGAAACCCUUCUCAACUGGUACGAAGCCGGCAAAUAGAUGGCCAUAAAACAGUGACCGCUGAUUCGCGUCGAGUUCUUUCUUGCAUAACGAACAUCACAGUGUCAACAGAAGUCAGAAACUGGAAUACGGUAUCUCAUUCUGCAUGAAGCUCAAGAAUUCUACACCUGGAAUGUUAUUAACUCUUGCAAUGAAUAUUAUACAUCACCACAGUUACAUAACUAUCUUCUUUGAAAAAAAUAAAAUAAAGAUACUUCA